UCUCACCACACGCGUUCUGGACGUUAGCAGCAGCACAACGCUUCAGAUCCAAACAUGGAUGGGGAGUGUUGGUUACCGAGAGGAUAGUUAAGAAGGCAAUUAUUCAAAUCCUGCAGCAAUUUCAGUCGAUGGCUGCUGUGGUGGUAUCAUAGCAACAACACCCAAGAAUUAGAACAAUAAUAACAAUAGCCCCGUAUCACCCGCUGCCUGCCAGCACAAAACUCUCCAUUACAAACUCGGCGCGCUGCUCUCUGACAAGACACUCCCUGGAGAGGAGCGCGGGUGAGCCGGAUAAAAAGGAUAGUAUUUUUCUCCCAGACGCAGGUUGACUUGGAAAGGCUUACGCCUCGAUGAAAACUACAUCGCCGAGUGACUUUGACUGGAUCCUCUUGCUAAAGAAGAUCGCCAGAUCCUUUGCCAGAAUGGAAUUACAUGGAAUAAACGAAGUUUCCUUUUACGACAUGAGAUAUCCGCGCCCGGGAAUCGAAACUUUCUUUCAGGGUUUUUAAUAUGUGGUUGCAUUGCCUGUCUUCUAUGGGUUCGGUGGUUCACUAUACAUUGUGACUGAAUGUGAUUGAAAGGGAAUAUUCACGUAAUCAGAACCCCACUUUUGUUACCAGCAAUUCUGAGAUCAUUUACCAGCCUCAGGAUGAGUGAGUGAGCAGUCUGUCUGCCGAGUCCCAACCAUGAUCGCCACCGGAGGCCUGCUGCGGAUCAACAGGAGGCAGGACUCGCUGCGCUCUAAGAGCCGUGCCGAGAACAAGCGUAAGAGAAAAGCCAAGAAGAAGCGGAAGAAUGAGGUGGUGGUGGUCAAGGGCAAGCUGAAUCUCUGCUCCAUCUCGGGGGUGGUGGCGGCUAUUGGGAUUCUAAUCCUACUGGUGGGCAUUGCCAUGGCCAUACUGGGUUACUGGCCCAGGGAGAGCUCACUGUACCCAGAUCCGCCCAAAAUCCAGAUAAUUUACAACAAAAAGGAGGAGUCAGGGCUGACAGGCAACUGGACGAACAACGCGAAGGACGGAUUUCACUUGGAUGGGGAUUUGGUCAGUAACAAUCGUUCCAACGGCACAGGUUUAGAGCAGCCGUCUAUGGGCUUCCUGGCUGAGUUCUUGGAUAAGUACCUGUACUCGGACAAGUUGAAGGUGUUCGGUCCCCUCAUCAUGGGCAUUGGCAUCUUCCUGUUUAUCUGCGCCAAUGCGGUACUGCAUGAGAACCGCGAUAAGAAGACCAAAAUCAUCAACCUGAGGGACAUCUACUCCACUGUCAUUGACAUCCACAGCUUGCGGACUAAGGAGAACAUGCCGCUCAAUGGCUUUGUGAACUACAUGCAGUCAAAAGGGGUGGAGGGCAAACCUAGCGCUGCAUAUACCGCCGCUCUACUAGCCAAAGGCACUUGGCCCUCGGGAGGUUCGCCGGACGAGGGCAGCCUGGGCCCCUCCAGAUGCCACUCCCUGACUAGGUCAAGGGUGUCAUCUCUAGAGAGGCAGACGUUCACCGAUACAGUCUACACUAUCUCCAGACACAGCGGGGCCGGCCAGCAGAGCAGCCCGAUUUCCAUCCCCAAACGGUGGGAGACCCGGACAAUAGUGGCCUCCUCGGUCAACGCCUUCACUCUGCCCAUGACCAAACCCAACCAUCGGGCCAACCAGCAUCAGCGCAGGCCUUCAGCCAAAGCAGAGGCAGGGAGGAGCAGGGCUGCCCUGUGUGACUCUGGCGAAGAAGACGAAUCCUGGGUUGGGUACGGUGUUCCAGAAACCACCACCCAGGCAAAUGUGGAGACUUUGCAGACGGCUAUGCUCCUGCCUCAGGACUCUGUGGAGGUGUACAAGAGUAGUGGUAGCCUCCAGGGGGCGCUUCAGGGCUCCCAGAUCCAGCUGCUCCCCUCGUCCCCCACUGGCCCCAGGGUGAUGGGUUCCCACUUGUCCCUCAGCGCCCUGACGGACUACUCCAGGUCCAUCGACCUGGGCAUCACUCCAUCCACCCCCACCGAGUGGAAGGUGGAACGGUCCCGGCGACUCAGCUGCCCUCGUUUAGAGGUACCGGGAGGUGGUGGGUACAUCAAACUGGGCGACCUGGGGGGGGAGUCCUUUGAGUCAAGGGAGUCAUGUGAGGUGACCGCCUUCAGCCGAGUGACCACAGAGGAGGGUCUGGCUAAGAGUCAGAGGGAAGGAGGAGUAUCCAAUGAACAGGAGGAGAGCAGCCCCGGGGAACGACAGGACAGGUGCUCAAGGCGAUACUCCAACAAAGAGAAACUUCUCAUGAUCUCUCAGUCAGACUCCGUUUUGGACGAUGAGGAAGUGGAUAGCACAGAGAUAUGAUUGGACAAUUAUUGAUUGGUGGAUUGAGUUUAUUUGGAAAAAAAGGACACAUGAUAACUCGCAGUUGGUUGAAGAUACUUGACAGCAGUUUCAUGAAAUUAUGAUAACGACAAUACUGCAUAGGAUCUGAGAUCUAGAUGAUCUUGUGGUUCGUUGCAAAUGCAAUUAUCGAUAUGUGACCAAAAACUUGAAAAUGGUCUUUGGAGGCUAUGAAAACAGAAGACUGUGUGUAUAGUAUUUUGUCAAGGGUUUGUUUGUGUAGGUUGGAAGAAUCGCACCCAACUGAAAGAGUUUCAAAGCAAAAAGAUAACAUUAACCAAAAAAGGGCCCGUUUUAAAAUGGCGAUUGAACCGUUAGUUACUGUACCAUCCACUUGAUGUAAUAGUUUCUCUAAUUUGUAGAAAUAUAGUGUGUCUGUUCCACCUACUGUCACAACUGAUACUGUAGUAGUAUAUUGAUUGAGAGUUGCUGUCUCAACAGCAUGUAUUUUGUACUUUAAUGUCCUUGCCGUUUUUAUCAGUUUGAAUUCAAACUUUAAUAGCAAUACAUCAUUGACCAUCUCUGUUUGCUUGUGGGGGAAACAAUGUUGGCAUAUUUGCCUGUGUGUCUUUGAUAAUCUCUGAGUAAGGCUUGUAUGUUAUUGUUUAGAACUGUCUUGACUUGCUUGUUAAGGAAUCUCCUGUAUAUCUUUGCUAUCGCUUUUGCCUGAGCGAAAUUAAAAACAACACUCUAACUAGCACAAUUCACAGCUGAACACUUGUAUCUCUGUACAAGUAGCCUAAGUACCUGAGCACAAGUAACCAUCUGUGGAAAAAAAUACUUAUCAAAUCAAUGUUAUCCUGUGCAAAAGCAGCUGGAUUGUUUUUGUAGUUGGUUCUUGUUCAAUAACACACCUGCAGUAAAUAGUUGUAUUCCAAUUGUUCCUGGUGCCCAUGGUCAAUUCAACCAUCCCAUGGUCGUCCUAUGGCUCAAUCAGUCUUCAAAUAAACAUAUGAAGCUGUCUCAUUAUCUGUACCAUCUGUUAUUCCGACAUGUCAAUCAAGUUAUCAACCCAAAGGUGUGAGAACA